AUGUUGAAUUGCGAUUACUCCCUCAUCAAUGGUGAAGAGGACGCCCAUAUGCCCUCCGACGCCACAAUUUCUGUUCGUGAAGCUCCUGCUAUUGUGAAAUCUUACUAUGACCAAAGAAUUGUUGGUUGCCCUGGUGCAGAAGGGGAGAAUGAGCAUGAUGUUGUUUGGUUUUGGCUAAAGAAAGGAGAAACAAAUGAAUGCCCAAACCUUAUAAAGAAUAAUACGGUGUCCUUAAAUGAAGUACCCCUGGAAGCAGAUGAUGUUGUUCAGAAUGUUCAAAAGGACGUGAUAUCAAAAACGGAUGAGAGUUUUACUCCCUCAACAGCUGAUAAAUCAUCUGCAACCAGUCCAAUGAAAAUAUCAAGUGAUUUGAAGCGCAACCUCCAUGACAUUUAUGAGGUUGAUUGUAGAGGUGAUUUGAGUUUAACAAAAUCUAAAAGAAAAUCAAUAGGAGAGGGAAAUCCACUUUUAGUUCCAAAAAUGGAAAAGUGA